UGAGAAAAGGAGAGAGAAAUGGGUGCGCAGAUCAACUGUGCUAUACGACUGACGCGCGACUGACUUGGUAGGAGGCAAGGAAAUCCUGCGCCACAUUUGCUUACUCGUGCGUAGACUAACUUCUGUGCUAGCCGAGGCACGAGGCUAGCGCAGAAAACCAUUUACCUCACUGGUGCAUGAUUUUCACCAAUCGGCAAGCUGCAUCCCUGAACCGGUGUUUGACAGAUACAUGCUUCAAUGGCUUUACUCACUUGGGUAGUAUACAGCAGAAUCUGCUGUAAAACACUGCUCGCUUAGGGCUCGAGUUCGAACAAACCGUGAGAGAACGUAUGGAUGCCAGCCAAAGAGCCUUCCGAUCAGUAUGUCUGUCCCCUAUGAUAGCCCCACCGCCGGGAAAUUAGCCAGCACCAAGAUCUUCAUACCAAACACGGUCUCAACAUGGCCAUGGCCCCGUUGUCUAAACCAGUACUACUCUGAAGUCAAGGUCGAAUCUGCUGCUUGGUUUUCGAGCUUUAAAGCCUUCAAUAGUGCUAAAGCACUAGAUGCCUUUGAAUGCAUCAAUUCUGAUCUUGUUAGUUGUUUAGGUCACCCAAUCGCGAGCAAAGUGCAUGUUCGCAGCGUUUGCGACGUAAUGAGAAUUUUCUUUGUCAUAGAUGAAUACUCGGAUGUAUCAAAGCCAAGCGAUGUCCGCGAACAGAAGAACAUUGUCAUGGACGCUUUGCAUAACCCCUAUAAACCACGUCCCAAAGGAGAGUGGGUCGGUGGAGAAAUCGUACGCCAAUUCUGGGAGCGCACCAUACGAGAUGCUAGUGCGCAGUCACAGAAGCGGUUCAUCGUAACAUUCAACUUGUAUCUAGAGGGCCUGGUGCAACAGGCAAUUGACCGAAACGAACAUCGCAUCCGUGAUAUUCAAAGUUACAUCGAUGUGCGCCGUGACACGGUCGCAAUGAAGCCCGUAUUCGCGCUUUUGGAGUUGGGCCUGGAUAUUCCAGAUCAGGUUAUAUCCCACUCAACAAUCGAGACCAUGGCUAUCGCAUGCAUGGAUAUGAUCUUUAUUGAUAAUGAUAUUGCAUCCUACAAUAUGGAGCAAGCACGCGGAGAUGCUAGUCACAAUGUGAUAACUAUUGUCAUGCGUGAGUUUGAUACGGACGUCCAUGGUGCCAUAUUGUGGGUGGCAGAUCUUCAUAUGGAAACCCAGAAAAGGUUCUUGCAGGCGAUGGCAGCCGUUCCAAAAUGGGGAGAGCCCAUUGACUCGCAGGUGAGAGAGUACUGUGAUGGCUUGGGAAACUGGGUGCGCGCGAAUUAUGAGUGGAACUUCGAGACCGAGAGGUACUUGGGCACCAAGGGUCCAGAAAUUCAGAGAAAUAAAUGGGUGUCACUGAUGCCGAAGGACUGCCUGAAAUCUAAAGAGAUUGGACCUGUACAUGUUGAUAGCUCUCUACUUUAGAACUUAUGUGUUUCAUGGGCAAAUGAAGAUCUGGAAAAGUCCUC